AUGCCGAAGAAAAGCAAAGUGAACAAAUUGGCGCGCAUGUCGGACGAGGAGCGCGCCAGGUACCUUCAGCACCGCGCAGAUAUGGAGGAGGAAGCACGACGAAGGAAGCGGGAACUCAUCGCUAGAUUUAUCAAGAAUAAACUUGAGAAAGAAGAAUCGUACAGUAAGAUGAACACAGCAAAAAUCAACCAGGAGUGGCGCUUCGUACUACGUAAAAUUAAAUGCAAGCAGAUGGCUUUAGAUAUACAGAGCAUGAUUGCUAGCUUCAAUUUCCUCGUGGAGAGGAAGGACCGGCUGAUAUCAUCUCUAGUAAGAGCUCUCGACGACUCCGACGAACAAAAUCGUCGUGCCUUCCAAGCUCAUACGGAAAAUUUAAACUAUUUUCUACGCAAGUAUAUUGUUACAAUUUUAUUCGUCUGUAAAAAAAUUACAAUGCUCUGA